AUGCUGCGCCUAGCAUUGCUCCCUCUGUUUUCCACUGCGGUUUUUGCCGCUACAGCGCCCACGUUGACCAGCACUGGGUGUGCUGAUUCUUCUGGUUUCGAAAGCUGUCAAAAAAAGGCAAAUGACAAUUUGAGCUCAUGCAUCGCCCAAGCAAAGAAGGACAAUAGCCAACAGGAGAUCUUGGGUUGCGGCUGCCAGAACUAUGUUGAUAACUACAACUGCUAUUCCGCCUUCUGCUGGAACCGAGUCUGGGAGUGCGAAUACCAAGACUACAUCAUCGACUAUUUCCUCGAGUGCCCCAUUGCCAAGCUGCCAGUGCCAUAUUUCCCGGCCCCCGACAAGGCUGAAGAUGCGUGCUCUUGCAACCUAGGCAAGGUCUUCCUCGCCGUCCAGGACGCCAUCAAAGAAACAGCAACAUGUUCAAAUAACGCAAAUGGGCCCGAUGCCGGCAACAAUCUGCAGCAGAUUCAGGGAUGCGAUUGCUGUGAGAUCAGCGGAGCUCUGUCAUCAUUCUAUAACAUCUGCCCCGACACUAACCCUACGCUGAUUGGGCUCUCCAAUAUUUCUCAACUCGAAUCACAGCUCAAUACUCCUUUUGAUUCUUGCGGCAGCUACUUGGACACAUACGACUGCAUUUCCGACCUCGGCUACUCUCUCGACGGAGUCAGCACCUACUAUAAGCCAACCAAUCUUCCCAAGAGUGGAACGGCUACACUUAGCAAUGCUGCGGGAACCGUAACAGCUCCUGCUAGUGGAUCUGUGUUUACGUAUACGAACGGCGGUGAUGGAACUGUUUAUACUAUUACUGCAGCAGGCGUGAAGGACUCUAGCUCUGGGUCCGGGUCCGGCUCUGGCUCUGGUUCUGGCUCUGGCUCUGGCUCUGGCUCUGAUAGCUCACAGACCACAGCUUCUGGCGACGCAGCAGCCAACACCGGAAGCGCGACACAAGGUAGCACCACUGCUGCCAGCCCUACCAAGACUGGAUCCUCCAAGAACGGUGCCGCAGUGGCUUCUGCAAGCUUCUACUUGGUCGCAGCUGCGAUUGUUAUGCCCUUUCUCUCAUAUUUUUAG